AUGGCUAUUAACUCCAACUUUUCCCUCAGGUACAACGUUUCAGAGCCGAACGAGUACCUCGUUCUCACGGGAGGUGGCAUCAAUGACGUGCUUAUAAAGAAAACGGCGUUUGUGAUGCCAUGGCAAAAAUGCACCCGAAUUUCAAUUUCGCCGUUCGAUUUCUCAAUGAAUCUCCAGGCCAUGACCAUCGAAAAGCUUCAGUUUUCUCUCCCAGCCGUCUUCACAAUCGGUCCUGAUAACAAUAUCGAUUCCCUCAAGAAGUAUGCUCUCCUCCUUUCCGGAGAGGCUGAUGGGGUAAAAGCUGCCAAAUCGGCAACCACAGGGAAUCAUGUUCAAGAUAUCGUGAAGGGCAUCAUCGAGGGCGAGACUCGCGUGAUUGUGUCUGGCAUGACAAUGGAAGAAAUCUUCAAGGAACGACACGUCUUCAAGCAGCAUGUCAUCGAGAAUGUCCAAAAUGAGCUGGAUCAAUUUGGUCUGAGGAUCUACAACGCCAACGUUAAAGAGCUUCAAGAUACUCCAGGAAGCGAAUAUUUCACAUUGCUCAGUCGAAAAGCGCAUGAAGGUGCGCUGAAUCAAGCCAAAAUUGACGUCGCAGAGGCUCGAAUGAGAGGUGAAAUUGGAGAGGCCGAAAAGCGAGGCAAAACAAAGCAAGAGAUAUCCAAAAUCGAUGCAGAAACAGCCGUUCUAGAAACCAAGCGCCGAAGCGAGAAAGCGCAGGCAGAUGCUCAGCUUACAAAUCGCCAAACAGAGCUCGAUAUGGGCAUUCGACUUGGGAAGAUAUCCGCCCAGCGCCAAGCAGAGAUGAAAGAUGCCGAGUUGCAGAAACAGGUCGAGACCAAACGAGCAGAAACGGAAUUGGAACGCCUCCGGGCAAUCGAUGUGACCAAGAGCAAGAUCGCAAGGGAGGCUGCUGAACAGAACGCUGAUGCAGACCUCUACACCAAAAUGAAAACCGCUGACGCUGUGAUGUAUAAACAAAAGAUGGACGCUGAUGCACACUACUAUCGCGUCUCCAAGGAUGCAGAGGCGGCAUUUUUGGCCAAAACGAAAGAGGCGGAAGCUGCCUACAUCGCGAAGAAAAAAGAAGCUCAAGGUAUCGCCGAGACGGCCAAGGCUUACGCUGCGAUGGCAGAUGUAUUUGGCGGACCGCAGGGCUUCCUACAAUACCUUAUGAUUCAGAAUAAAACGUACGAGGCACUCGCCAGAGCAAAUGGAGAAGCUAUCAAAGGCCUUGAACCCAAGAUUACGGUCUGGAACACCGGUUCAUCUGGCGAUGCGUCACAGGAUACCACUGCCCCAAUCCGGAACCUCAUGCAAAGCCUUCCACCGCUUUUCUCCACUAUCCAUGAGCAAACUGGGAUCUCUCCCCCGACGUGGAUGGCUCAGCUUCCGCACACCCAGAAUCAGCCAAACUCUACCGGACAGGCUAAUGACAUUAAGGCGAAGCUCAAGUAG